AUGCCUGACAUUACAGUCCUCAUUUCGGGCUCUGGUUCUAAUUUACAAGCUCUUAUAGACGCUCAAGCUAAUGGAGUCUUGAAAGGAACAAUCACCCAGGUCAUUUCUUCCAGUGAAACCGCCUAUGGGUUGGAAAGAGCUCAAAAAGCCGGCAUCGCUCACAAGACACACACAUUGAAGAGCUACUACAAGGGUACUACCAAGGAGGAGAAGGAAGAGAGACAGAAGAGACGUGAGAAGUUUAAUAAGGAUUUGGCUAGCCUUCUAAUCCAUGGCAACACGGAGAAUCAACCUGAUCCUUCUUACAAGAAGCCUGAUCUAAUUGUAUGCGCUGGUUGGAUGCUUAUUUUGUCUCCAUCCGUGUUGCAUCCUCUUGAAGAGGCCAAGAUUUCCAUCAUUAACUUGCACCCUGCUUUGCCUGGUGCUUUUGAUGGUACCCACGCCAUUGACAGGGCUUGGAAGGCAGGUCAGGAUGGAGAGAUUACGGUAGGUGGUGUAAUGAUACAUAAGGUUAUCGCAGAGGUGGACCGUGGUGAACCAAUCUUGGUCAAGCAGCUUGAGUUAAAGAAGGAAGAGACGUUGGAACAGUAUGAGGACAGGGUCCAUGCCACCGAGCACAUAGCCAUCGUCGAGGGCACCAAUAUUGCCAUUGAGGGAUUGUAA